ACGGGCAUGUGGGCAUGACAUUGAGGAUUGCCACAUUGAACUGGCAGCAACUGGUUUGUGCAAUCUGCAAGUAGAACUACUAGUACUAGUACGUGUGCGAGUACGUGCACUUCACAUGAGAAGUAGAUAAAAGAACCGCCCCUCUCAAGUCUAAAAAGAUAAGUGUCUCCAUCAUGAAAGCAUGUUCACUUUUUUCACUGCUAUAAUAGAUAACUGAGCCCGAUGGAGCCCAGUAAGGAGGCACCCAAAAGAGACUCUUCUGAGGAGCUCGAGGAAAUGCCUGACGGAAGUGUGAGAGACUCCACACAUGGAGCCUCAGAAAAGGAAAUUACUGUGGAUGCCAAUUCGAACGUGGCGGAGUUGGUUAUGGAUAGCCAUCUCGAUGUGGAUGCUAGCACCCAAAAGUUGGUUUCGAUGGUGGCAGAGAGACCAGACAUCUGGUUGAAAGGCGAGGGUAGCAAGAAAGAUCCAAGGGAUAGCCAGGACACUAGGGAAUUUGAGGCUGAUCAUGUAAAGAUUGCAAUCGAGGGUGGCGAUGAGGGUGGUGAUGAGGGUGACACGCUCGAGGCACCUCCCUUGUUGUUGACCAGGGCAAACACUGUCGCCAGGGAUGUUCAGCCGGGUGCACAGGCCGUUGAAGGGCCAGGUCGAGACACCGGUACACCAACUGAUGAUGAAGUGACAUCCAGUGAUGCGUCAUCAGCAGGAUCGCAGGACCAAUCUUUUGUUGUGGAUGAAGAAAACUUAGGAAUCGUCAAUGGUUUCGUUGUGGAGGAUGAGCCACCUGAAUCAACGAUACCGCAGAGAGAGCUUAUUGAGGGCACCAUCUUGCAGGAGGAGAGUGGCCAAAGAAGCCGCAAAAAGAGUUGGGCUGCAUUGAUGUGCUUGUUUCUUUGUGUGGCCGCCGCCACCAUGACCGCUUUGCUGUUGCCCAGACAAUCCAAAACGAAUGACCCCGAUGAUGCAUCCGCCCCUUUCGAUGAGGGCACGCCCACUGUUUAUCCUCCAUAUCAGGACGGUCUACCCCUUGCAUUAGUCAAACAAAUUUCUGCCGUUUCAAGCCCAUACUAUAUGGCCAAUAUCUGGAUGCUUCAAGACCCUCAUCUCGAAACCUAUACUGAUCAACAAAAGGGGCAGCGACUUCAUUUGGUUGCAUUAUUUUACUUUGCGAAUGGUCACAACUGGACAAGGACCGACCAUUGGCUCCAAUAUGACGUCUCAGAAUGUGAUUGGUAUUCUUCCAGCGAUCUUGACCCUACAUGCGACGAAGAGGGAUCCCUUGUCAAUUUGAAUCUGUCCUCCAACAAUUUGCAUGGAGAUCUCACUGAUUUUAAUGAUCACCUGCUAGAAUUGACGGUAAUCGACCUUGCCAACAACUCCCUCUGGGGUAAUCCUCCUAAUAUUGGCCAAAACCCAGCGAUAGAGGUAAUAGACAUUUCCCACAACGACUUCAAGGGAUUCAGUUAUAAAAACGGAAUCUGGACUGCUUUCGGGCUGCGUGUUGUACGAACUGAUGGAAACUGGUUUUCUGGAGGUGGAUCAUCUGGAUUAUUCUAUCUGGUCGUCCCAGCACUUGAAGUGUUCAACAACUCAUUGAACGACUAUCACGGAGAACUGUCCUGGGCAUUGACCAACUGCAAAAACCUCACUCACUACUCUUCCAAGUGUGAUCAUGUGGGAAGCAUCCCUUCUGAGUAUGGCAGCUUGACAAAACUCCAGGAAUUUGAUAUCGAAUCCAAUAGCCGGAUGACUGGAGCCAUUCCCUCGGAGCUUGGUCUUUGGACUAGCCUCACUUCACUAAACAUUGCUGGAACUGCCAUCACGGGCUCCAUUCCAGAGGCACUCUGCUCUAGAGCUCUGGCUGGAGAUUUGAACAUUUUUGCAAACUGUAGCCUCGUGGAGUGCUGCGGUGUUGAAGAGUAGUCAUGAAGGUGGCUACUUGGAAGCUGAAUGCCAAGGUAGCCUCGUGGAGUACUGUAGAGUACCCAUGAAGUGGCAUGCUGGAGCCUAUAGUCCACGACGUUGGUUUUAGUGGUUUGUAUGCUAUGGGCAAGGGAAAGAUAAGCUAGCUAACUGUAUACUCUGCCCCUCUUUCGUGCAGCGCUCUUGGGCAAUAUCAUGACGAGGGUCAGCUUCUCUAAUGUGGAUACUACACGAGAUCCAUGAGUGGACCGUUAGAUUUUGCUCUAGCUAGAAGUGGCGGAAAGUCACCAAACCACGCUAAUAAGAUAGGUAUGCGUAACCCUGUUAGAGACUAUAUCAGUUCU